AUUACUUAGUAAAAAGUUUAAAAUAACCCUUUUUUACAAUUAUUUAUUAGAAUUUCGAAUUUCGAACGAUUAUGAAUCGUAAAAAAUGAUGACUAUUAAUAUUUACAUAUCUGUAUUGAAAUAUAGAUUACGGAAUGUUAACCUAGAGACUUUCUCAUAUGACAACUUUCACGUGGCUUUAACAAACCCUAAGCAAUUUUGAAUACUUACGAGAUUGUCUGUGUCAUGUAUUGAUUGUUAAAUAGAUAUUAAUUGUUUAAAUAUAUUAAAUACUUGUACCUAUAAUUUACUAAGAAAAUGACGAUAAAAAAAACUAAAGCAGCAACAAAAGGUGCAAAGCAGAUAGUGGAAGAAAAUAAGACUACAUUAAAUUUUUAUCAAAAUAUGAUAAUUGGGGCAAUAGGAAUAUAUUUUACUGUCACAAUGUUGUUCUUUAACUUUACAACAUUAUCAACUACAUUAACCAUAUUUUCUGCAAGUGUAUAUAUGGGAAGUUAUCAGUUUAUGAAAUAUAUAGCACAUGCAACAUAUUCAGAAUCCGGACAGCUUUUAGAUUGUGGAAUUGAUCUUAAUAUGGAAGGAGGUAUAGCAGAACAUGUAAAAGAUUUAAUUAUAUUAACUUCAGGAGUACAAGUACUCUCUCUUAUAUCAAAUUACUUUUGGUUGUUAUGGCUUCUUGUACCAUUCAGGGGAGGUUGGAUGAUAUGGAAAGAAAUAUUAGCUCCAUGGCUUUUUGCCUCUACUCCAGAGCAACCUGAGAUUAAUGAGAAGAAACAACGGAAGUUGGAAAAAAAGAUGGCUAGACGGCAUUAACAUUUUGAAUAGAAAUAAGCAUUCAUUUUGAAUAAAUAUUAAAAAAUUUAAUGGGUGUAGGAUAAAGUUGAGCAACAUUGUGAAACAAGACUGCUUUUUACUUUUGUCUUAGCCUGCAUUGUUUCCUACAUUUUUUAUGUUUAUGAACAGAUUAUUUUCAUGUCCACUUAUAAAUUUAUAAACUUUUACAUAAAUUAUAAGGUCAACUUUUUACAAAUUGAAUAAUAUUUAUGAACACUAUCACAUUAAUUUUGGCAAUUUUUGUAUCUAAGAAAAGAAGUUUAUGAAGUGUAAUAUAAAAAUAAACUUUUUAUAAUUUUUAAUGUUUUA